UUAGAUGCCGCUGACUGGUAUAUUUUUCAAUGUGAAUGGAAAAGAUGUGAAUGAAGAAAAUGUGGAUCCAGAGCUAACAUUGGCCUAUUAUUUGAGAAACAAGUUGGGUCUUCGUGGAACAAAACUAGGCUGCGAAGAAGGAGUUUGUGGAUCGUGUACAGUUGUUCUUGGAACGUGGGAUGAUUGUCAGAACAAAGCAGUGUACAGAGCAGUCAAUGCAUGCUUGGUCCCAUUAUUUCAUGUUCACAAGACUUUUGUUAUUACUGUGGAAGGAGUUGGAAGCAGGGAUAAAAUACAUCCAAUUCAGGAUAGAAUGGCUAGAGGACAUGCGUUGCAGUGUGGAUUCUGUUCACCGGGCUUUGUGAUGUCUGCAUAUGCGCUUUUCAGUAAUCAGCCAAAUCCUACAAUUCAACAAAUCAACGCUGCAAUUCGUGCAAAUCUAUGUAGAUGCACUGGAUACAGACCAAUUCUUGAAGCUCUCUAUAGUUUUUCAUCGGAAAGUGGAGGAUGUUGUGGAGGGAAUAAGACCGGAGGAGGAUGCUGUAAGGAUAAAAGUUCAAGUGAUGAAGAUGGAGGAUACGAUGAGAAACUUCUUUCUUUCAACGAUUUUCCAAAAUAUGAUCCCACCCAGGAAAUCAUAUUUCCACCUUCUCUCCGAGUGUUUUCUGACUCUGAAACCCCAGUUACUUUAAAAGGGGAUCGAAUUGAGCUUCUUCUUCCAAAAAACAUUGACCAAUUCAAAAAAUUCAAAAAGGAUAGAACUGUUAUUUCUUCCGGACUUAUAACUAGAUUUGUAUCAACUCGUAAUCCAAAAGAAUUUUCUCAAAAAUGGAUUAGCACAAAAUAUGUGAAGGAAUUCAAUGAGAUCACAGUGAAUAAAGAUUCUGUAGUUGUUGGCGCCGCUCUAAAUAUUCAAAAAAUGGCUGAUACUCUCACCAGCUCAUUAAGCAUCAAUAUUGGAAAGGAAAUUGACUCGUUUAUUCAAAAAUUUUCAUCUCCUCAAAUUGCAAACUUUGCGACAUGGACUGGAGCUAUAAUUUCCGGGGCAAAAUCUUCGUUAUCUGUUAGUGACUUGCUCAUUUUGUUCAAUGUACUAGAUGCAAAACUAACAUUGCUUAAUAAUUCUGGAGAGCUUACUCAAGUUGCAAUCGAAGAGUUCGCAGAGAAAAAACUGUUUGCAACUCACACGAUAGUUAAUGCUAUUUUCUCAAGAUCUUUGACUGGUUUCCUGUUUUGUCUAAAACUCGGCGAGACAAGUGAACAAGACUCUACUAACUUCAACUUUGCCGCUCUUGUUGGAAACCAAGUCAGCAGAAUUUUUGUUGGUCUUGGUGGGCAACCAAAACGAUUGACUAGUUUGGAAGUUCAUAUUGAUGCUCUAAAAGGUUUGAGCGUAUCUGAUCUUUGUCAAACAACUGAAAUGAGUGAUUACAAAAACGUGAAGAUUGCUCUCACUCGAUUUUCUGAUUUUAUGAACCACAAAGAGAAGACUGAAGAAAUCGAGGGAAUCAAUUAUCUGCAAUAUUUUAAGCCAAAGACAAAUGAAUCUGCUGGAAGACCUAUUGCCAACUAUUUUAAUGAGCGAGCGAUCACAGGAGAAGCUUUUUAUGUCAACGAUAUUCAGGCAUACAACGCUGUUCAUCUUGGAUUUGUACUUUCUACAGUACCACAUGCUGAAAUAACUAAAAUCGAUGUUUCUGAAGCAUUGCAACUUGAAGGAGUUGCUGGGUACUUUGGGGUUUCCGAUGUUCCUGGAAAUAACACGCCUGGACUUCAAAUUUCAAACAUGAACUUUCCUGACGACACGACUAUAUUUGCUGAUAAGAAGGUCGAAUCGGUUGGUCAAGUGAUCGGAGUGAUAGCUGCGAAUGAUGUUGUAUUGGCAAGAAGGGCUGCAAAAUUGGUCAAAGUUGAAUACAAGGAAUUGCCAUCAUUGGUUAAUUUCAAGGAAGCCAUUGAAGCAAAAUCACUACUCGGAGAUGUUCAACACUUUGGAAAAGAUGAAAACCUUGUUAAAGAAAGUUUAGAAAACUCUUCUAAAGUUUUGGAAGGAGAAUGUGAUAUUGGUGGACAGGAACAUUAUUACUUGGAGACCCAAAGCAGCUUGGUUAUUCCAGGGGAGGGUGAUGAACUAAUUGUAAACUGCUCUACCCAAGGAACAAGUUUCACUCAACUCAUGGUUGCAGAAACCAUGAAAAUUCCAGCACACAAGAUUAUUGUUAAAACAAAACGACUUGGUGGCGGAUUUGGUGGAAAAGUGAAUAAUGCUUCUUGGAUUGCGUGCAUGUGUGCAAUUGUUGCAAAGAAACUCAAUCGUCCAACAUAUGGAUUUCUUUCUCGAGCAGAUGAUUUGGCGAUAACUGGAAAACGACAUGAAGUUCAUGCAAAAUACAGAGUUGGUAUUAAUUUCGAUGGAAAAAUAGAAGGAAUUCAUUACCAAGCUUGGCUGAACGGAGGAUGGUCAAAAGAUCAUUCAGAAGGAGUCACAAUGGUUAUGGGUCUCAUGGUGGAUGAUGUGUAUAACAUGGGAACAAUUCGUUUUGAUGGAUACCCAGUAAAAACCAAUUCAAACAGUAAUACGGCACUUCGAGGAUAUGGUAAUCCACAAUCAAAACUUAUCAACGAGGGUGUGAUGAGAAGAAUUGCUAGAGACGUUGGAAAGAGCACAGAAGAAAUUAAAAGAAUCAAUUUUGCUCUUGAAGGAGGAAGAAGGUACCUUGGUGGAAAAAUACAUAAUGAUGCGCUUGUUGAAUGUUGGGAAUACUGUAAAAAAUGGAGUGAAUUUGAAAAUAGACAAUCUGGCAUCAAACAAUUCAACAAAAACUCAACAGCUGUGAAAAGAGGAAUUGCUAUGUCAUCAGUUCGCUUUGGCCUUCCACAUCCUGGUCCAACGGGGCACGGAAUCGCAAGUCUUUUGAUUAAUUUAGACGGAUCUGUUCAAUUAUCAAUUGGUGGAACUGAAAUGGGUCAAGGAUUGAACCAGAAAAUGUUACAAGUCUGCAGUGAAGCAUUGAAGAGACCAAUUGACACCAUCACCAUAGUUGAUUGCAGCACUGACAAAGUGACAAACGCACCGGAAACAGGUGGAAGUCAGAAUGCAGAUACUAAUGGAUUGGCAGUUUUGGCAUGUUGUAAGAAAAUCAUGUCUAGGUUACAACCGAUUAUUGACAAAAACGAUGGAGAAUGGGAAAAGUCUAUCCGAGAAGCUUAUGGUGCCUAUGUACCACUACAGUGUACAGAAUACGGAACAGUGGAAAGGGCGAAAUUCGGUGUUGGUGAAAUGGAGUCUCCUUACAAUACAACUGGAGCAUGUGCAGUAGAGAUGGAAAUUGAUACACUAACUGGAUACAAUCGUGUGAUCCGUGUGGAUAUUGUCAUGGAUGUCGGGGAAAGCUUGAAUCCGGCCCUCGAUAUUGGACAAAUUGAAGGAGCAUUCAUACAAGGAUAUGGUCUCGUAACUUGCGAAAAAAUUACAUUCAAUAAAACUACCGGACAAUUGGAUCAAAACACUGCAGGAAAAUAUAAGAUACCAAAAGCCAGUGAUGUUCCAAAAGACUUUAGAGUGAAACUUCUGGGCAUUAAUAAUGCAAAUGGAGCACAAGUUUACUCGUCAAAAGGAAUCGGAGAGCCACCACUAAUGAUGUCAUGUGGGGCAGUUCAUUCGUCAAUAAUGAAUUGUAUUGAUAAUUGGAGAAAUGAAAAUGGUAUUCAUGAAUUUGUGGAUACAAUUUCACCACUCAGUGCUGAAAAAAUUCAAGAACUCUGUUCAAAGAAAUAAUUACAUCUAAUUAAAUUUUAUUUGUCUUCUUAUAAAUAAAUUGUUGUAUAU